GCUCAGUGGGACAGAUUGCACUCAGAAAUGUCUUACCCCAAGAAACAACCACUUCUCCACUCAACUGUCUGAAACUGAUCUCGCAGGCUUUCCUUCAUACAGUUUGGUGGAAUUCCAUCGGUUUAUCAGCUAGACCUUUUGCUUCCCAGAGGGUUGUGGGUUUUUUUUUAAUGGGUCUCAUUUGCACACCGAUGACAAUUGACAAGGUGGCGGGUGACGGCACUUCUGCUUCCUCAUUUUAAUAUUUCACUGUUUGCCAGAAAUGAAAGAGUCGAGAUCAGAGCAUUGGGGGGUGGAGCAUGAGGAAGGAAAGACCUGAGAGGUUUGGGGCAUUUUCCCCUCUUCUUCUUCAGAGUAACUAGUCUUCUCACACUGCUUCCUCAAACUGCCUGAUGCUGCUUUGCAAAGUGUAAAGAGACGCAGCUUGGGGAGAUUUUCCUUUCCACUUUGGAGUGUACUGCAGCUGAUGCGACCAGAGGGCUGCUAACUUCUACGGGGGGGUAAACUUGCUGGAAUUGUCCUCUCCAGUGGCUUGUAAUGACGCACCUGCAGUUUAAGGAUGCUUUCUGGUGCAAAGACUUCACGGUUCAUGCUGGCUAUGAAGCACUUCUUCAGCGAAUGCUGGAUGGGAGGAAGAUGUGCAAAGAUGUGGAGGACUUAAUCAAACAGAGGGCACAAGCUGAGGAGCGGUAUGGGAAGGAUCUGGUUCAAAUUGCUCGAAAAGCAGGCGGUCAAACGGAAAUCAACACUCUGAAGGCAUCGUUUGAAGUUCUAAAACAACAAAUUGAAAGUGUUGGGAACUCUCACAUCCAGCUGGCAAUUAUGUUGAAGGAUGAACUGAAGGGCCUGGAAGAGUUCCGAGAAAGACAGAAGGAACAAAGGAAAAAGUAUGAGAGCGCAAUGGACCGUGCACACAAGAGCAAACUCUCCACAUACAAGAAAACAAUGGAGUCAAAGAAGAUGUACGAGCAGAAAUGCAAAGAUGCAGACGAGGCCGAGCAGACCUUCGAACGGAUAAGUGCUGCGGGCAACCAGAAGCAAACGGAAAAGAGUCAGACCAAAGCAAAGCAAUGCAAAGAUGCAGCAAAUGAAGCAGAAAGAGUUUACAAGCAGAACAUAGAAUUGUUGGAUCUGGCCCGGACUACUUGGGAGCAGGAGCAUAUCAGCACUUGUGAGGCUUUUCAACUCCAGGAAUGUGAUCGUAUCACUGUCCUCCGGAAUUCCCUCUGGGUUCAUAGCAAUCAGCUCUCCAUGCAGUGUGUGAAGGAUGAUGAGCUCUAUGAAGAGGUCCGCCUCAGCCUGGAAAACUGCGACGUGGAACAGGAUACAGACCACUUCAUUCAGAGUAAGAUGACGGGAACGGAGCCUCCAGCUGCAAUUGGAUACGAGAACUAUUACGACCGCGUGGUGCCUGCAAAAGUGUGCAACAGCCCCAUCGCGACUUGUGGGAUGAUGAAGCGAUUCUCUGGACUGCUCCAUGGAAAUAACAAACAUGCUACAGACGGUAUUAUUCCUACAGCGCCCCCAGCUGAUGACAGUGUUUAUGCGGCAGUUCGCACAAGCGAAGAAGCAGCCGCUCCUACGCCCCAGGCCUACAGAGUGCUCUAUGACUACACAGCCCAGAACGAGGAUGAGCUGGAUAUCCAGGCGGGUGACAUCAUAACCGUUGUGGAUGCAGGCGAAGAUGGCUGGUGGACAGCAGAACAGAACGGACAGCAAGGAUUUGUGCCUGGGUCCUACCUGGAGAAGCUUUGACCCGAGUAUCCUGUUUUGGUUUCUGUUCCCACUUCAGAGUUGAAUAUCUUGGCUGUUUUUCUGUUCUAGGAGAAAAAGACAUUCUAGCAUCUAGAGCAAGGGCUCCUCAUUGGGGAUGAUGGGAAUUAUAGUCCAAUCUCAUCCAGAACUCAAGGGUGGUGAGAAACCUUGCUCUGGUUUGAAUGUGGGGGCGGGGGCUCCUUUAAGGCAUGGGGUGGGUGCCCUUACCCCACCCCCCACCCCACACACUUCCCCCUCUGGUGCUGCUUCAAAAACUGCUGGAGGGGGGCAGUGGUAUACCCUCUUGCCACCGUAAGCAGUGUAAUACCAGAAGUGGCCUGUGUGUGGAGCACGGCAGGGGAGGUAAGGACACCCUUCACACGCCUGCUUAGGAGAUCUACAGCUGGCCUCUAUGGAUGGAGCCUCAAAGAUGCUCUGGAUCAACUUUUGCAAGGAACAAUUAAGGCCAUUUUGCAUUCCAGCUGCAAAUAGACCCUUUGCAAUAGACCCUCGCAAAAUAACUGGCUCAGUUGCCUCUCAAGGCGGCAACUUUUUCAUGCUUUUUCUGGCGUGAAACACCUUGGGCCUUAAUACUUGUCUCAAGUACACAGUUGAGGUUUUCCCUUCUCUUUGGUCAUGUGCUGGUGCCUUUCCUAUGGAUUCUAUCGCUCUGGUGCCUUUUUCCCCUAUGGACAACAACAAAUAUUUAUAUACUGUUUUUCAACAAAAGUUCCCCAAACGGUUUACAUAGAUAAAUAGAAACAAAUCAAGAUGGCUCCCUGUCCCUCAAGGGCUCACAAUCUAAAAAAAAAAAAAGAGAGAGAGAGACACCAGCAACAGCCAAAGGAGAGAUGCUGUGCUGGGGAUGGAGAGGGCCAAUUUCCUCAGUUACCAGGGGAAAGUUAGUUGUGGUUUCUACGGAUGGAAACUGCAGUCACCAACUCAAACCUUUCAUCUUCAGGCUCUGCAAUUAUUGAUCAAGGAAGGAAAGGUAGGAGGGCACUCAAAAGGUGCUCCAAGGAUGAAGAUAUAUUUUAAUAAGCCCAAUGUGUUAUGACUCAGUAGCUCUCCUUCAGGGUCACUGAUUAAGGGGGCAUUUGAGGAAGAGUCACUGGCUCCGAAUACAUCAAGCUCCAUCCAAUACAUCUUCAGUGCACGCUUUGAGUUCCCCCCUCAUUGUUUUUGUGGUUAUUUGCUCAGGAAGCCCAGGGGUACUUGUCACUGGAGCUGAAGGACAUUCAAAUUCACAGCUGUUGGGAAUCAAAAGCUCCUUCUGUGGAAACAAAAAUGCACCGGUAUUCAUUCCUACAGGAUCCGAAAUGUAUGUCAUCACAGCCAUGCUUUGGGUCCAAGCAGCUGGGAAUCUGGAAGUAAAUAGCAAGAAGCAGCUGGAAGAGGUCUGAGAAAUCCCAACGUGAUCUGUUUCACAGGCACUUUUCACAAUAUGAAAGCAAGGUCCUCCAGGAGAUCACAGGACAUCCUUUAUCAUAUGCUCUGUCAGACCCAUCCACUGCUGUCUUGCUUCUUACUCACCUGAUGACUGUAUCAAUCAGCAAGUCUGGAACUGCUGAACACACUGCUCAUCUUUGGUGAGCCACAGUUGGACCAUUCUCUCUCAUCCCUUUGGGCAAAUCCCCAACUGUCCCCAAAUGCAGACCAAGCUGAAAUGUCACGAGGCAUUACAGUGUGAGAGUUGGUCACCCUAAAGCACCCAUGUCAAAGUUAGCAAGUGCUUAUCUGUUGCCCAUUCACAACAGCCACAUCCUACUUACAUUGGGGCGAGGAGAAGAAUUCCGACUGUUCCCUUACCCUUGAUUUUGUGCUAAAGCAUUAAACAUGCUCACAAGCACUGUGCAGUUGGCUCCUGCCCUGCCCACUCACAGAGUGGCAAAUUCUUUACUCGGGUUCCCAAAACUUUGGUCCCCAGAUGGUGUUGGACUACAACUCCCAUCAUCCCUUGGCCAAAUGGCAUUGCAGCAGAGGAUGGCAGGAGCUGUAGUCCAACAGCGGCCGGGGAACCAGAUUUGAGCACCCCAUGCUGGUUCUUGCAUGGCAGGAUAAAAAAAGAAAUCCAUGAGAGGGAUCCAAAGAGGUACUUUUAAGUGUGCCCACAGCCUUCAGGGAUCACAAGUUAUUUGCCACGUAAUUCUUUCCUCUUAGAAAUUCCCUUUAGAGUAAAGGGGGGAGCAUUCCACAGGAUUUUUCAUCAUCACCUUGCACACACGACUUUUCGAAGUAGUGAGGCAAGAAAUCCAGCAGUAAGGCAUUGAACUGUCAAGUGCAAGACAGGCAUGUUCAGAUGCAAGGUCAGCUUGUUAUCAAGCCUAUAAUGUGUGCAAACAGGAUGGAUCUUGUGGCCAUAGACCUGUGUCCUGGACCUUGGUGGAAAGAGGGAGACACCCUUUUAUUAGAUUCCUGAAAUAUAUUUAACAUGAUUUGGGGGCUCUCACACUUGGGUCUCCAGAUGUCAGACCACAACUCCCAUCAUCCCCAGCCACAAUGGCCAAGGCCACUGUGGCUGGGAAUGAUGGGCAUUGUAGUCCAACAACAUCUGGGGACCCAAGUUUGGGGGUCUCUAGUUUGAGAACCGCUGUAGUAUUGUUUUAACAAUACAUACUUGUCCUAGUUCACUGAUGGUUUUAAGUUGUGUUCCAAGUAAGCAUAAUCCCUUUGAAAUUUUAGACUACAUGUUUAUAUCGAUACUUAAUCCUAGUCAGACUAUUUGAAGCAUGCCCCAGAGAGCUAAAGAAUAAAGCAUUUGCAGUUAAACAGAACUGUUUCAUGUGUUGUGAAGUUCUCCCUUUGGGUAUUUUGGCUUGUAUCCACUGAUUCCCCCCUCUCCUUCCAGCAAGCCCCAAAGUACCUUCAAGCCCGAGUCAUCUGCAGGGAAGCCAGGGCAACAGAUGGCCGGUAAAGACAAGUUCAGGAACUCAGGUGUAGGCUGGGGGUGGAAAACAUGUGCUCUCCAUAAGAAACACUUUCCAUUUUGCAAGUGGUUCAUCCCUUUGUAAAAUCCAGAGAGAUUUAACCCAAGACAUUUCCACUACAUUUUGCCACUCAGUCCAGAUCUGGGGAUCUAAAAUUUGUAGCAAACUUUGGCUUGCAUAGGAAGCUGCCCUAUAACAAGCCAGGCCAUUGGUCCAUCUAGCUCAGUGCUGUUUACUCUAUGGGCAACAAACCUCUAGGAUUUCCGGCAGCCCUACCUGGAGCUGCCAGGGAUUGAACCUGGGACCUCCUGCAUGCAAAACAGACUUCCAUAGAACCAAGUAAGAGGGAGAGCCUUUCUAGACUGGACCACUGAGACCCACAGUGGGCAACCAAAUGCCUCCAGAAAGCCAACAAGCGGGGCAUGAAGAGAGUAACUCUUGCUAUUUCCCCUUGCAAGCAGUACUUAGUGGUCUACAGCCUCUGAACAUGACUAUACUAUUUAGUCAUCAGGGCUAAGAAUCAUCUAAUCCAGAGGCCAUCAUUGCACCCUUGUGGCAGUGAACUAUGUUGUGUAAACAAAUAUUUAUUUUUGUCUGUCUGGAAUCUAUUGCCAAACAAUUUCAUUGACUGACCCAGAAUUGUAGUCUUGCGAGAGAGUGAAAAAAACUUCCUUAUCCUCCAUAUAAUAUUUCAGCACUCUAACAACAAACUGAAAUGUUGACGGCAUUUUCGAGAUUGUGUUGUGGCUCAUUUCAAUGCCCAGGCCCUAGAUAUUUUGAAUGAUCUAUUCCCUAGGAAUGUAAGCACUUCUUAUGUAACUGGUUUGGCAGUGAAGUUGAAAGCCAUCUCUUUUACUUCAAGCUAAAUAACUAUUGUAGCCUUUUCAAAUGAAGCCAGCAAGAUUGGAUCUUUAAAUUUCUCUGCUGCCUUUUAUCCCUGUCAGUGGUAUUGCAAAAAUAAAAACAAAUGUGAGUGGAUAUUUUAUUUUUAAGAAAAAUAAUUUUGUAUUAACACUGGAUGUACCCUUUGCACUCACUUCUGUAAUCGUGACAAAUUAACUCAUUAAAAACAGUGUGACUGAACAGCCA